UCAGUGACUCUUGUUCUUAUUUCCCCUUACCAGAACGCGCGCCCAAUUCAGAGAGCCCCUAUGCUCAGGUACCCAUCUGCCCACUGAUUUCUAAACAAGAUGCAAAGACACUGGUGAAGCCAAAAAAAGACAUGCAGAAGCAGACAAAGCAGAGAAAGAAAGAGCCUGUAACUUCAAAGGAGAGUCGCCUCAACUGUAAGAAAAAACAGGUUCAGGAGGCUGCACCCAAGCCUCCUGCUCAGAGCAGCGAGAAGAAACGCUCCCCUGCCAUCAACUCAGAGCGCCCAAAAAAAAGGCGUCACCCACCAACAGCCAGAAAGGGCAAGGCACAAGCACGUGAGGCACAGGUGGCCCAGCGCUACAGGUACAACCUGGCUCUCCGCAAGCGUUCCAGCCUGCUCAGGCUGUGGCAGAAGAUCCACGGGGCUCAGAUCGGCCGGCAGACGGGCAGCAGGCGCUUCUACCACACCUUCUCCACGUACUCCUGGUCCUGGAACGCGUGCCAAGAGCUGGUGACAGCCGAUGAGCUGCAAGCACAGGACCGCCACCAUGGCCGCUUCCAGCCGGCCACCAGGCAGCCACCAUGGAAGAAGUGGGUGUUCUAG